AUGGACACUGGCGUGAUCGGACCUGUCACAAUUAUGGACAGCUUCAUCAAGCAGUUCGGGAAGCACUCUUCUGCUAUCCAUGGUAUUCUUGUGUCCUGCAUUCUUCUUUGCGCUGCCCUUGGAUCCAUAUUUGCUGGCACACUCGCGGACAAACUAGGCCGCCCGAAAGCAAUGGCAUUUGGGGCAGGGAUUUUCAUCGUGGGAACCGUCUUGGAGGCCGCUGCAGUAAGUCUUUCGAUGUUCGCCGCAGGACGCGUAAUUGAGGGUAUUGGCUAUGGCCUCUACUUCAGCACGCAAACCGUUUACAUCUGCGAAAUAUCACCCCCAAAAGCCCGAGGGCCACUUACCUCCGGACCGCAGUUUAUGACAUGCGUGGCACUGGUAGUGGGAUAUUUCAUCAGCUAUGGUACAGUGAAGAUACCGGGCUCACUUUCAUGGCGGCUCCCCUUCAUCAUCGUCUCCGCGAUGGCUACAUUGUACCUGCUAAGCAAUCUUUUCCUUCUGCCGGAGUCUCCGCGAUGGUUGAUUAGACAUCGAGAUUAUCGUGCAGCUGAGAAAGUAUGGGAUGAACUAGAAGUCAAACAGGAAGACCGUGAAAGCGAUGGCCGUACAACGACCCCCGAGAGCCCUACAGUAAGUCCACUGCAAUCAAGCUCACUUGAGGAAGAAAGGAAAAAGGCUGUCAACUUUCGGAGUUUAUGGGCCCGAGACGUGCGAAAGCAGACAUCUCUGGCAGUGCUUUUGAUGGGAUUCCUCCAGCUCUGUGGCAUCGAUGCUGUGCUCUAUUACGCCCCGCUACUUUUCCAGCAGGCUGGCCUGGAAUCGCAAGAAGCAUCAUUCUUGGCAUCUGGUGUGUCUGCCAUCUUGAUAGUCGUAACUAGUAUUCCUGCGACACUGCUAGCCGAUAAAUGGGGUCGCCGCACUAGCACACUGGUGGGAGGAGUGGGCUUGACAGUACUCCUGAUCUUGAUUGGAAGCCUCUAUGCUGGUAAUGCGGUCCUUCCCACGGGGGGUGCUGGUCGCUGGGUGGUGAUUGUAUCUAUAUAUCUCUAUUGCAUGGUUCAGGCCAUGACCUGGGGCAUCGGCAUCAAGGUGUGGGCGCCAGAGAUCCAGCCUCAGCAUACGCGCGCCCAGGCAACUAGUCUCGCAUAUGGAGCUAAUUGGGUUUGUAACUUCUUCGUCGCCUUUGUAUGCCCGAUUCUGCUUGAUAAAAGCGUGCCAAGUGCCUAUUUCCUGUUCGGCGGCUGCACUGCGGUCGCAACUGUCGUCAGUUUCUUCUACAUGGUCGAAACGAAAGGCAAGUCUUUGGCAGAGAUUGAACAAGCAUUCAAGUCGCGAAUCCCGGUCGCGAGAACGGCUAUCCCCAUGGUGAGGCUGAUACAUCCACAUCAUGAAACUAAGGCGGCAUGA